AUGGCUCGUCUUUUGCUACUUUUUGUUGCUGGGAUGAUUUUCGCAGCUCAUGCAUCCAUUAUCCCAGGGGUAAGUUAUUUUUUAAAACUCGACUAUCUACGAAACUUGUAAAACUGUACGCAUGGUGCCACGAGUUAAAAGAACUAUGUUAUAACACUUUGUUAGCCUCUAAUGUACUACCAGCAAAAACAAAAACAGAAUAGUAGUUUUUCCUAACCCUUUUUUCUUAAAUGAUUUAUUUCUGGAGCCAGUUUGCAUGGCAUCUUCCUUAUAGGGCGCGGCCCUUUCAAGAUUAAGAAUUGUGAUCAUGUUCAGCCACAUCUCUGUACUGAUUUAAAAACUUUGCUAAACUCAAAAGUGACGCAGCACCUUUAGUGCAGUAAGAGCAUUCAAAGCACAUAUCAGUGCUAAGCAAAUGUACCUGUGCAUUAAUUUUUCGAAUGUCUGCACUCUACAGGAUUCGUUGUCGGAGAAUGAAAUGCCUGCAGAAGGUUAGUAAAUUUUAAGAUUGUUGAAAUAAAAUAAACUCAUUUUUUUGCAGACUAUGCUUAUAGUGGUAAUUAAUUUUUCUUUUUUUUGUUGAUUGUUAUUUUAAUGACGAUAUGGACGAAAAUGAAACAGAAUUGGGCGAAGAAGACUUUGACGACGGGGAAGACUCAGAUGAGAUGCCAGAGGAAGGUAACAAGUAUUUGUAUAGCAACAGAAACCUUUAGAUUAGUGUUUACUGUACUAAGUAGUCAGUGCGAGUGAGCUACCGUCAUGCUGGCGGGAAAACGCGAUAGCUGGCGUCAUUAUUCUACCACAAUUUUUAACAUUAAUGUCGUAGUGAUGAAAACAAGUCAUCAAAUGUUAGAAGUUUUAUCAUUUUGCGAUCAGAAGAGGGCUUAACCUCCUUCAAUAAAGAAAAACGCGCUAGCUUGUCUGGUGAAAAAAGUGUAAUGAAGCUUUUCGGGCUGUUUAUUUUUGAAAAGUACGCGAAAAUACUCUAAGUGAUACCUUGUCCUUGUAGUUUUCCUAGUCCUCGAAAGUUCUCUAUUGCUGUUUUUUGACACAAUGAAUAAAGAAGAGUCUUGUAAAAGCUAUUGUUGUUUCUUAAUAUUUGAUUCUUUUUCCAAAGUAGGCAAGGAGGUAGAUGAAGGCCAGCCACAAGAAGACACCUCUGAUGCAGCCUUGACACCUGGUGAAGGUGAGAGUUACUCUAAAUGCAACGCGCACAAAAAUAAAUUAACCCUCGAAAGUACACACAAAGCCAUACCCUCACCGUGGUACAAGGGAGAGUUUGAUGGAACCCCUCCCUUGAGUUUUGAUAUGUUGUAAUAUUUCGAAAAGAAUUUUCCUUCAGUGGGAAGCCGUUCAUCUUCUCCACAAGAUGAGGUAUAUUUUGUGAGUGGUAGCGCUGCUGGAGGCCCCAAACACAGUCGCGAACUUGGAUUUUACCCGCAGUUAGAAAUCUCCUAAAUUAAAACAGAGAGAAUUGGUAAUGUUUUGUGUUUGACAUGUAAAAUAAAACAUAAAUAAGCAGUUUUCUUCAUUUUAUCCACAGGUUUUGCUUUUCUCGUUGAAACAUAUUGAAAAACAUGCAUUUUCACCAAAAAAAAUGGCUAGGUAUCUCGUAAGCAUAGUUAAUUACUGAUCAUCACCAAACUUAACUCAAAAGGCGCGCGAAAGAGAAACGGACUGCUGCUGAAAACGUCAGGUGCUGUAGUUUGAUUGUCUAAAAAAAACUCACAAAAACUUCAGAUGGGCCGGUAACAUCAACCCCCUCCCCUCCCCCCUUGUAGUUCCGAGGGUUAAAGGGUAAUUUGCAAUUUCUUAUUAUAAAGUACUGCUACACUUGUUCCGAUUGAACACCCAAAAACUGCUUAGCAACACGCACUUGGCUCUAUUGUAGAGUAAUGGGAUAAAGUUGAGGAAGAAACCAAACGCCAAAAACCAAACAAAGAACAGGUUGAGACAGUUUAUAAAAUCACUAUCACUAGUUUAUUCCAAAACAAAACUGCCUGUAAAACUGGCUCUAAUUACAAUCUUAACCUAUUUACCAGUUAGAAAUCGGAGGUCAUGGGCUGGACUCCCAAAGUCCUGAUUUUGUUCGAAACUGAAAGGCUAGUAGCGCCGAUUGAUAUCUGUUUCGAUCGUUUCUUUACAUAAUAAGUUAUUUGCAUGAUGGUAUCAUUUUACUAAUACUACUACCAGAAUUCUUGAGGGUUUUGCUUUCUUAUCCAAAUAAGAUAGAAUUAGGGCUUUUGCUAUUUAAACCUCACUGGGAUAACGAAAUUUACAUUCGAGGGAAAAAACCAUCAAAUGAAUCUCUUUUCAUAGUAGUAAAAACACGUACGUCAUCGUGCAAGUGACCUAUUAUAUUUCAGACAGUUAAUUAACUUGUGUUCUCCCUAACUCUGUUACAGAUGCCAAAUGGGUCAAACGUUACAAACCGAGCAAACGUUACUGUUAUUACCGCUUCAUUUGCCGCUACUGCGUUUAUCGCUGGGUCAAAUGCAAAGGCUAUGGCGGCUAUGGUUACCGUCGCUGUCGUUAUCAAGUGUGUUCCGGCUGCAAGCGUUCUUGUGUUUACCCAUAUUAUGGCGGUUACAAGAAGAAAUGGUGAUACUGAAAUUUUGCUGUGGCAUCGAAAAAGAAAAACAUGGAACCCAAUCGUCAUUUCAACACCUUAAAACUAUGUAGUUCUGUAAACUUUUAAAAAGCAAAAUAAAAUUUUAAACGACUUUGUGCUGUCAUCCUUGACCCGUAGAGAUCCUAUUUAACGCUGAAGCCAGACCACUCCUUAAACGAAUCAUUAACCCUGUGCGCCUGAAAUCAUGUGAAAAAGGGUGGCGGUACUCUUGGGCGCUCUAACACAGUUUGUGUCUUGCCCACCAGCAUUUUUAUAUUCCAAGAGUAAAUAUACCCAGGGACAUAUGACGCUCUUCAGGUCCGUAUUAAACAAAAGAAGCAUGGCUGAUUUUACUGUCGGGAAUAUAUAUAUUUUUUACCAAUAUUUCGAAGGCACGGCCUUUCUUCUUCAGGGUGCUACAUACAGUGAUGGGGUUGGUGUAUUCUUUUGACAGUGUUUUAUUGUUCUGGUAUCUAUCAUCAGCUUUUUUACAGUUGUUUUAACAGCCUUGAUGAUCUUAUUUAUCCUGUCAAUUACCAACCGCUGUUUUAUUAAAUUAUACAACACCGGCCGGUUUUAAAAUAUCCGGAAAUACCCUCCCCCCUCCCCCCUCCAGGAGCAACAGGCUUAAGGUUGCACGCUCGCAAGUGGUAGUCCGAGAGUACUUUGACUGAAGAUUUCUCAGAAUCCGCUGAUUGCAUGAGUAUUGUAUGUCAAUUUCUCUCAGAUAUUCGUGUCAGAUCAAUUAUUUAUUGUAAAGGCACGCUGGUCGACUGAACUUUCACUUCGAUGAACACGCUGUUUCAGUGGCGAACACAGCGAUCGCCAGGUUGUAAACACAGUCGUUCUAUUUGGUCUCUUGACCACUGCAUCAAUAUUAAAGCACACCUUCUUCAAAUUCUACUAAGACCCUGUUUACAUGGAGUGGGGGACCCCGGUCUAGUGGGGUUGGUUUCUUUUGUUUUCACGCUCUGGGGGACACAAAACAAAAGAAACUUACCCCACCAGACCGGGGUCCCCCACUCCAUGUAAACAGGGUCUAAGACUCUAUGCAACUAUAGAGUGUUUUCACUCACGUGGCCAGCAUCUAUGCUAAUUUACUGGAACAAAAGAAAGCGUUACCAUAAGAAAAGAGUUCAACUCCCAGAGGACUGGUUUGGGAUACCAACAUGGCCGCCGUUUCAUUGUUUUGGGACAACAAUAUGGCCGCCGUGACGUCAGUUGAAAACACUCUAUUCACAGUUUAACAAACACUAAAGCGAAAAUUCAAAACAACUCACCUUUUCAAACAUACGUGUAGCAGAAGAUCUCGGGGAAACAAAACUAACUGUUUCCCUCGGGAUCUGACAUUAAGUGUACAAUACAAAACGGGCGAUAUCAAUUUAUUUUUCAACUUUCUUAAAUUAUAGUUUACUGUAUUCACUUUAAGCUAUUCAUGAUUCUGCCAAGUUCCUGCGGAACAAAUAAACUGCUUUGCAGUGCUCAGCACAUCAACUUGUUUCAUUAUUAGUCGUGAGGUAACUGUCCAACAAUCAGUUUCUCGGUCUUUACUCGAUCAAUUAUCAUACGUACUUUUAAUUGGAAAAAGGUUGUAAAAGAAACGAGAAAAUGAAAAAAUAAAGGAAAAAGGCUAACAGGAGUUCAUUUUAGUUAAAUAACAUGAAAAAAUGAAGAAACAAUAUGUUUUCUCCAAUGGUUAAUAUAAUGGAACGGUUAAAUGAAGCCCGUUGGGCUCCUUUUUUGUAGGUUUUUGAAGGCACAGUUAUCAGUUUCUAUUCAUCUUAUUGCAAUAAAAACGUCGCAUUCAUUUACUCAGUAACUUUUUGUGAAAAGAAAAUAUAGGAUUGUUUGCCGCAUCCAGUCUCCUCUAUAGCUACUAACUAUUGCUCUCUUAACCCUUUAAGUCCCAAUAGUGACCAACAUCAAUUUUCUCCUAACAAUAUCCAUACAAUGUCAAGAGAUUAGGUUAAGAGAAUUAAUUAAAUGAUCACCAAAGAGAAAAUGCUUUGAUCUUUUAUCAAACUCUCUCAACUUACUCUUUAAAGAAAUGUAUAGAGAUCAGUUUGGAGAAUUUGCUUGUGGAUAUUGGGGCUUAAAGGGUGAAUGGUUAUUGCAGCUUGAUAGAGAAAACUCUGAAGACGCUGGUAUCCGAGUUUUAUCCGACUUUUUCAUUUUUAAAUAACGACGUUGUUGUAUCUACCCUGUCAGAACCUUUUAUUUUUUUUCGAAAGCUCUUCCAGUAACCAUUUUUCGUCUUUGAUGAUGAAUUCUACCCUCUUUUUAGGCCGAAACAUGGCACAAGACGUACACAAGACGUUAUUUUUUUUCUUCUUUUUAGUUUAGGCGGACUUGUAGAGCAAAAACGGACUAUUACUUUAGAUCUCGAUCUAUUUGAUUCUAAGUUUGAUGAUGUAUUUUUAGGGUAUCAAGUUACAAUUCAUCAUGAAAUAUCUCCUGUAAAUUAGAAGCUCUCGUGAUAGAAUGCACGUUAAAGUUGAAAAAAUGCAUGUUUAAGAUGUGUUUAAAAGGUCGCCUUAUGUUGUCUUGCCGCAUGUUCUGAAGGUGCUUUUAUUGGAAAGAGCAAAACUACCUUUCAUGAAACACUCAAACGUGAAUUUUAAAAAGUAUUGUGCUUGAAAUACUUCAAUUCCAAUAUGCUACUGAGUGGAAACUCGUGUUCUAAGUAUAGCACUAUAACUUGCAAUAUGCCAAAGAUAAUGAUAAUACUAAAAUAAAAUAACAGUAACCGACAUAAACUCAUAGAAAACCUAACGCAACAACAAAUUCAAGAAAAAACACAGGAAUUAUAUAUACUAAACCGCUGGGUAAGUAUUUGGACAGUUUAGAUAACGUACGUUGUUUGAUGAGUAACUAAAGAUGAUUAAACAUUGAUUUCUACUAAAAAUUGCUUACAAUUUGUUUUACAAAGUGGCAAGGGAAAGGAAUUUGAAUGCCUUGAGUUACAGCUAAAGUUUCGGCUGUUUAUUUAAAAAUCAAAUUCCAGUACGAAAAAAAUCCACUUUUAACCAAUAUCUACCAAGUUGUCAGAAGCUCAUCAGAAGCAUUUUGCUUUCGAUAUUAUUUCGAUAUUUGCGAUAUCAUUUGGUUUCGUAAGGUUUCACAGCUUACUACAUCCAGUUUUAGAAGUUGAUUCAGUAAUAAUCCCCGUGUUCGUCUUUUGAGGCUGCCCUUUCAGUAGAAUUUGGAACCGCAGUUUCCGUGAGUGGAAAUCUGAUGAAUAAAAAGUUUUCCACUGAGCAGGAGUGAUCUUGAGUUUUACCUGAGUUCUUUAUAACACAGACCUCUGAAAUGCAAGAAUUACUUAGGUGUUAGUAUAAAAAGGGUACAGUAUGAAAAAAUUAUUCAGUAAGAAAAAAAUAGUUAUAAGUGACAAAAAUGUUCAUGUACCGCAGAGACACUUAACGGGUUGGUUUACUUUUAAUUACCCGUGGAGGGUCCGCAUACCCAGUAUCGCUUUAAUAUCUUCUUUAUGGUUAAUUGAUAUCUUAAUAUCAUAGGUGACGAAUUACUCCUUAAUUUUGGCGCAAAAUUUCAGCGAUAAUUUGUAAUUUCACAUGUGAAAAUACAAAAUUGUCAUGGCAACCUUCCGAACGUCGCAGUGUCAAGAUGGCGACGAAGUUUUAAAAUGUCAUGAUGGAAGAUGCCAGGGCAUAUAAAGACGCUUUAGAAAACCUGAACACACCAAAGAGCACAUCAGGAAGGAUUCUAACAGGUAUUUUAUCGAAAAAUUCCAAUCUUGAGUCAAAUUUAAGCGCUAAACAUUCGAGAUAGUGAAGUUCUCGAUCGAUACGAUCCAGGAUAAACAUGUCAAAAAUCCAAGAUUGCUAACGUAAUUCGUCACCCAUGAUAUUAAUAGGUAAUCAAAUAGUAUACUUGUGAAAUAAGGGAAUAAUUUCACUUGCGUUUUUUUUUUUUUUUUCAAAUCCUUAUAAUUUCCCGAGCCUUUAAAGGCUCGGGAAAUUAUAAGGAUUUGGACAAAACGCAAGUGAAAUUAUUCCCUAAUUUAACUCGUCACCAUUUGAUUACACAUACGAACCCCCUCAGUAUUAGCUGAGAUGCUUCAUGAAAAGCACUUGAAAUGAAACCUAUCAGGACUCAAAAUUAUCAUGUAAAAACAAUAUUGAUGUUAUUGGAACAAAUAAACGUGCUGCAACUCGUGCUCCAGGCCUCCAUAUUCGUGUCAGUUCUCAUCCAGAGCAUUAAGGUGGUAAAGACCGCAAGAUUCAAACUGCCCUAACACAAUGUCUCGUCUUUUUCUGCUUUUUGUUGCUGGGAUGAUUUUCGCAGCUCAUUCAUCCCUUAUCCCUUAUCUCAAGAAACGUUUAAAACUGUACGCAUGGCUCCACGAGUUAAAAGAACUAUGUCAUCACUUUCUUUUGCUUUCUGAUUACCCUUUGUUAAAGAGCCUUUUACGUACUACCAGCAGACACAAAAACAGACUAGCAUUUUGUUAUUGAAACAUUUUUCUUUAAUGUUUCAUUUCUGAAGCUAAUUUGCAUGGCAUCUUACUCAUAGGGCGCGGCCUUUAAAAACAAAGAACUGUGAUCAUGUUCAGUCACAUCUUGUACUGAUUCAAAAACUGUGCAAGGCUUAAAAAUGUAUGACACAGCACAGUAAGAGCUUUCAAAGCAACAGUAAAACACAUAUCAGUGCUAAGCAAAGGUACCUAUGGAUUAAUUUUUCGAAUGUCUGCACUCUACAAUAUUCGUUGUCGGAACUUGGGGAAAUAGAUGGUGAGGAAACAGCCGAUGUGCCAGAGAAUGAAAUGCCUGCAGAAGGUUAGUAAAUUUUUCGAAUGUUGAACUAAACGAAACUCAUUUUUCAGACUAUCAAUAUGGUGGUUAUUAAUUUUUUUUUUCGUUUAUUGCCAUUUUAAAGACGAAAUGGACAAGAAUGAAACAGAAUUGGGCGAAGAAGACUUUGACGACGAGGAACAUGAAGACUCCGAUGAGAUGCCAGGGGAAGGUACCAAGUAUUUUUAUAACAACAGAUACCUUUAGAUUACGAAAACAAGAUUUUCUCAAUACUAAGUAGGAAAAGGAGAUACCCGAGGUAAUUUUACGACUUCCGCUUUUCAUUACGAGAAAUUACGCAAUAAUUAGCGUAAAACGGCGCAUAAUAUUGCGAAGAUACGUUCAUCAGCGCGAAAAAACAAACAUUUGCUCAUAAAUAAAAGUCAGUUAGUAGGAUUUUUGCAUUUUAAUCAACAUUCAGUAACACUUUUGGGCAUUCAUAAGCGUCAUUAGGCAUGCAAAAGAGAAAAAUAUCAUCUCAUAUAUCGUCUCAACACAUCCAAGUCAUACAUACCAUUCUGAGAGUCAACAGAGACAACAGAUAAACGCUAAAGUGCAAAUAGUAUUUGCUGACAUUUUUAUGACACUAUUUGAAAUUCGACAGCAUUCCAGGACGGCGUUAGGAUGGAUAAGAAGACGAACGUUUUAUGCGCUUGUACAAUAUCGAGCGUUCUCUACAUUUAAUAUACAAAAACUCUCCUUCAAAAAAGUAAACGCUUCUGCUUUGCUAGUGAAAAAACUGCGAUGAAGCUUCCCGGACUGUUUAUUUUUGGAAAAUACACGAAAGAAAUCUUGUCUUGGUAGUUUUCCUCGUCCUCGAAUCUAAAGUUCUCUAUUGAUGUUUUUGACACAAUGAAUAAAGAAGAGUCUUGAAAAAGCUAUUGUUGUUCUUAAUAUUUCUUUUUACAAAAUAGGCGAGGAGGUAGAUGAAGGCCAGCCACAAGAAGACACCGAUGAUACAGUCAUCGCUCUUGGUGAAGGUGAGAGCUACUUUAAAUAUAAAGCACAAAAAUAUUAAUUAAUUAAUUAAUUAAUUAAACCUCGGAAGUACAUGUACACACAAAGUCAUAUUCUCACCGUUCUACAAGGGGGGGCUUGGCGUUUAUGGAACCUCUCCCUUGAGUUUUUGAUAUGUUGCAGAUUUUGCCUUCAUAUUGAAAAGCCUUUCAUCUUCUCAACAAGAUGAGCUAUAGUGCUGCUGGAGGUCUAUGACGUCCCCAAAAAUGGUCGCCAUCUGGGCCGCCAUGUUGGAUUUACCCAGAACUAGAAAUCUCUUAAAAACGGAAAGAAUUGGUAAUUUUUUGUGCUUGACGUGUAAAAUAACACAUAAAUAAGUACUUUGCGUCAUUCUACCCACAGGCGUAAUUUGAUUUUCUAGUUGAAACAUGUUCAAAAACAUGCACUUUCACUAAAAAAAAUCAACCACCUACAAUGACGUCAUAUCUGGAAACCAUAGUUAUUGAUCAUCACCAAACUUAACUAACAAUUCGUGCGAAGGAGAUUACGGACAGCUGCUGAAAACGCCAGAAGCUGAUGUUUGUUUGUCUAAGAAAAAAGUCAUCCACCCUCACCCCCUUGUACGUCCGAGGGUUAAAGGGUUAGAGUACUGCUACACCUGCUCCGAUCGAGUACCCAAAAACUAAUUAGCAACAAGCAAAUAGCUCUAUCGUGGAGUAAUGGGAUAAAGUUGAGGAAAAAAACUUACGCCAAAAGCCAAACAAAGAACAAGUUGAGACAGUUGAUAAAAUCACUAUCAUUAAUUCAUUUCAAAACGAAGCUGCCUGCAAAAGGCUCUAAUUAGAUUCUUAACCUAUUUACUAGUUAGAAAUCGUAAUGUGGAAACCGAAAACCUGGUAGCAUCGAUUGAUAUCUGUUUCGAUCAUUUCUUUACAUAAUAGGUCAUUUGCAUGAUGGAAUCAUUUUACUACUACCAUAAUUCUUCACGUGUUUGCUUUCUUGAUGAAGAUUAGGACUUUUGCUCUUUAUACCUCACUGGGAUUACGGAAUGGAAUUCAAGGGAAAAACGAAAUGAAUUCCUGUUCCUAGUGGUAAAAAGACGUUAUCGUGCAAACGACCUAUUAUAUUUAAGACAUCAUUAAUUAACUUAUGUUCUCCAUAACAUCGCUGCAGAUGUUAAAAAGAGCAGUCGUCUGGGUUAUUAUCGUCACCACUGCCGCUUCUGCACUUAUCGUUGACACAGAUGCAGACGCCGUCGUUAUCGCUCCUGUCGUAAUCACGUGUGUUACAACUGCAGGCGUUUUUGCAUUUACCAUAUUAUCGCCGUUACCGUACGUAAAAGUUAAGUUGUGGCAUCCAAACUGAGAAAAACAAAGAAAACAGCAUUUAUUUCUACAGCUAAAGACUGUCCAGUUCUGUAAAUGCUAAAAACGAAAAAUAAAAACGUUAAACGACAGUGUACUAACAUUUUUAACUAAAUGCUUUUAACGCAGAUGCCAGACAACUCAAUCUUUAAACUAAUCAUAAACCCUUUUUCACGUGGGUUUUUUUCGUUUCCUUCCCUAGGCUGCAAAUAUCCCCUCCCCUCCCCUGAAUAAACAGAGUCCUUAAUAUAAGGGCCCAUAUGCUAUGCUAUGAUCAUGAUAAUUCAAUUAAAGUUCUUUUCACUCACGCUUUUUUGCAAGAAUACCUCUAGAAGGGUCUCUCAGGGUUCAUUUAGAUAGUACCAGCCAGUAACACUUUUGCUUUUACCUUUUAUUUUUAAAGGAGCUGUGUCACGGCAGUCCAGUUCAUUUUGUUUUAUUUAGCAAUUACUUGCCCUCAAUUACUAUGGAACUUAAAGUAGGCAAAGAAAUUACAUGUAAAUGACAAAAUCAGAGAUUAGAGACAAACAAAUAUGUCCCCUGAACACAGCUCCUUUAAAGUGCUUAAAAGUGCUUUUCAGAAAACUCUUCAACCAUGCAUGUCAAUGGCAUCUAAAAUUGUUUUAAACAAUAUUGAUUUUGUUAUGAAAGAUAUACGUGCCGUGGCUGGUGUCUUAGACCUCAAUAAAGCUAAAUGAAAGGUGUCACCACAUUCGCGCAAUAGUGAACCCUUACGACUGCAAGAAACUAUCCUUAAAAAAUGGCCGGUCUUUUGCUGCUUUUUGUUGCUGGGAUGAUUUCACAGCUCAUGCAUCCAUUAUCCAAAACCUAAUGUAAGUUUAAUUUUAUGACUUUUAAAAGUCAACUAUCGCAGGAAGUUAUUAGUUAUUAUAAGUCUGCGUUAGCUGUUUCCUAUGAUUGUGAAGACCCACGUUCGUUUUAAAAUGUAAUAGAGCUCGUCCCUUGUCUCGUCCAAUAACUUGUUGUGUGUAGCUGUAGUACCAUUUUUCUUGAAUCGCUGUGUUUUUUAUUAUUUUUUGUUUUUUUAUUAGUAUCCGGGCCCCUGUAAUUGGCCACAGCUGUUGCGGUGUUCCUGCCAAUGUUCUUUCUUUUUGUUUGUUUGUUUUUUUGGCGAAGCUAACAAAAAAAUCAAUUUAUCUAAGCUAGAAAAUUAUGGUAUUUUAUCUGACAAAUUUGCUUCUGAAUCUUAUCCUUUCUGGAGCUAAUUUGGAGUUUAGGAGGAAUGGCUCUUUCAAAACUAAAAUCUGUGACUAAAUGUUCAACGUAACGGCUAUUCUUAUUUAGAAACCAUUUAAACAUUGCCUCGAAAAAAAAAACGCAUUUUUUUUACCAUGGCAACACCCAACAUACAAAGCGUGUAAAAUUAACGUGACGCUUUCCCUUGAGAUAUAAAUGGAAUCUAUAUAAUACUGUGAACAUUCAGGGCACAGACCAUGCAGUAAUAACUAAAUAUCGAGUAAUUUCUGCAGCUUUCAUUUUCGGAACCAGAGCAGAUAGAUGUUAAAGAUAAAGCCGAUCUUGGCAAAAUACCUGGAGAAGGUUAGAAAAUUUCAAAUCGAGUUAUGGCCGCCGUUUUUGAUAGAUUGCGAAGUGUAAUAGUGAUGAGUUUUGUUUUUUGUUUGCUUGUUUGCUUUUUUCUUCCUAUUUUCAUUUUAAUGGCGAAGAUGACUGUAAGAUGUGAAAAAGGUUUUCAGUGAGCAUCACUAAGUCCUGAGAAAGCCAAUAAUCAUUUCUUCAUAUAAUUUUAUGUAAGGCAUAAUUAAUUGCGGGCGGCCAGAGGAGCUUGCAAUUCUUAUCUCCAUGUCGCCAUUACGCAAGCGUCGCUCGUUUGUUGCCAGGGGUCACUUUUAUGAAACUUUCACGAGUUGAAUUUACAGGUGUCGCUAUUGCUAUAGAGCUGGAGUCUGGAAACAAUAGCUAUAUGUACGCUUGUGAAUUACACUAAAAUUUUAUUGUAUUGACCAGUAUAAUGUAUGUUUAGACUUUUAGCGUUUGGACCUUCUAUCACUCGUAAUACAAUUACGCGCAUUUUGACCUUACAUCACGGAGAUUUAUGCAAAGCACAACGUUGGAACAACAGCGUUUUGACAUUCGAUCGAUCUCGCCCGCACUCCCUAUAACCCUUUCGGUAUCGCUUACAGUAUUUACUCGUCUCAAAUACUGUGCUAAUGCGAGGGCGGCGUUUAUUUGAAACUUUGGCGCGACAAAGAAUUGUUUUCAUUACUGUGUUAUAAUUUUCCGUCUUACAAUAAUAGUAUUAACGUCUUUUGAUUUUGAUUAUAUCUAACCUCAGCUGUGGCGCUUACUAACUUGUUUGUCAAAAAUGUAGCGCUGAUUUGAAUACAUAUGAUAUGUACAUUAGUCAUAUUCUUCAUAUUUUCUUGCAGAUGCCAAACUGACGAGACCCUAUCAUCCCCGUCAUUAUCGUUACCUCUGCAACCACUGCAUUUUUUACAGAUGCGGUCCUCACCGACGAACUCGUUGUGGCUUUCAAAAGUGUUACGGUUGCAGACGAUUCUGCUAUUAUGGAUAAAACUUCUGCAAUAUCAUGGGCAUGCCAGUCUACAAAAUCUCUUAGUUGGGUCGAAUAGAUUAAAUCUAAAAUUCUGUAAACCUGGAAACAAAUCAGGGAGGGAGUUUUAUUGUUGAAGUAAUAUAUCAAACAUGAGAUGCAGUGUUUCAUCACCAGAUGAAACACCGAGAAGAGAGUUGAAAAAUACGACGCGCUGCGGAGUAUUUUUGACGAACUUCGAGGUGUUUCAUCUGGUGAUGAAACACUGUGUCGAAUGUUUGAUAUUUCUUCUCAAACAAAAUCAUUUUUGAAGGAGAAAUUAAGGAUGCAAAUACUAAGCAGCGUUUCAUCCGAUUUCCAAACACUCAUUAAACAUUAAUUUCCUUUGUAUUUUCUUAAUGAAUUAUUAAUAAGUUUGAGAAUACUUUAUUAAGUGUUUGCUGUUAGACUGAUAUAUUUGACGAUUGUUUUCAGCUUCAUUUACUAACAGAAGCAAAAAGGACAAUAAGUUUUCAUAAUAAAAUUAUUACAAACAAAUUAGAUGUAAUUGAAUAAAAUUAUUACGCUAGAACUAAAUAGAAAAGAUCAUAAAGUAUUUUUCCGUACUGGUCGAAAAACAAAAAUGCAAUAAACGUGCAAAAAAUUAAAGCAGAACAAGAAAAAGACAAAAAGAUGAACAAGUCAAGACAGGUUAUUUAACUAAAAAUUAAAAUGAUGUUUUGUUGUUGUCGUUGUUUUGUUUUGUCGUUGUUUGUGUAAUAAAAACACACCUGGCUUUCCUUUUUCGAGGAUAUGUCCUACAUGUCAAAUCACAUGUACAUCACAUGGAUUUUUAUGAAUUUUUCGAAAGCACGUGGAAUAGGUUCGCGCUUACUCUGACAUUCUUACAUUUUAAUAAUUAAUUAUAAAAUGCUAGUGCCAAGAGGACAAACACCAGGUAAUCAUUCAUACAAAAUUUAGUCUUUGCCACUUGACAUUGUUGACCCCACCCAUAGGCAACAUUUAAUCCAAAAAAGGGUUUAUCUUCACUGGUGGCGUUUUUGAACACCGUUCCGAUUGCCUGAUAACCUUAAUGAAUGCACGUGGCUGUGAACUUCUUCUAAUAGUAGAUUCAUAUCGCCCAUUAACACAUUUGCUUCAGAGUCAAGUUCAAGGAGGUCAUACUCUCACUGCUUCAAGGUAAAAGCUUUAGUUCCUUUUCAUUGUUUUGCUUUAUCAGGAUUCCAUUUAAGUAAUUAAAAGAAAACAGGUCAUUUCAUUAGGUACACAGUCAUGCUUUUAAAAUCCUUAUAGAAAUCAAAAACGAAUUAAAUUAUAUCACUCUGUAACGGGGAAACCAAAGGAGGAAAUAGACCUAUUAGGCUAAGUCAAUGUGGUACCUAAUUUAAACCCUUUGGGAAUAAAAAGUUUGUUUCAGAAAUUUCCAUAUCAUUUAAAUGUGCCCAGAAUGCCACGUUGUAAUGCAAAUACAAUACGCAAAGAAUCUUAACCCCGGGAGACUUGAAUUGGGUACAACACUGAGUUAGCCGAAUAGGUCUAUACAUCAGAAUAGUCGGAUGAACAUUAUCUGAGAACUUAAAUAUUCAGACAUUUUGACACCGAGAUGUGGGUUUAUAAAACAAGGCGCUGGCAAGUUUCUAAGUCCGACUUUGAGAUAUCUGCAUAUCGGUUGAAACACGGAGUGGAGUGGAGUGUUUUAUAGUUUCUCAAAUGAACAAUAUAAUAGACCUUGUCACAUUAUUCUUUUCUUUCCCUUAAGGAGUGCCUUAAAAUUGAAAAACUUACGAAGUCUAAAGGUGAUACGUCGAAAGUCAGCGAUGAUAUAGCUUUACACAGUUAGGGCCUGAUUACAAGGAGUUGGGUGACCCCAGGUAGGUGAGGUAACCUGCUUUGGUGGGUAAUCCACCUGUCCAUAUAAUCUCUCAUUUUAAUUUGAUCACGUUUACAUGAUAGGUGGGGUGACCCGCCGCAUGUUACCUCACCUAUCUGGGGUCCCCACCUCCAUGUAAACAGGCCCUCACUGGAAUUUCACAUGCAGUGGAACGUGCCCCUCAACAUACAAACUUCUGUAAAGUUCCGCCACUUUGCGGGGCUAUAUUUUAAAUUUUUUUUCAAUAAAUCACUCUCAAACUUUGCACUUUUACUGUUUUCAAGGCGUUUUUCCAGCCGAGUUGACGAGUUUUCGCUGGUCGCAGUCAAAAGUUGAAAAAAAAAAUACUUGGGAGAGUCUUUUCUUACAGAAAUUCAACUGAAAUCUAAAGUUCGCAAAAACCGAUAGAGAAAUCCAAACCAGUGUUUCGGUAGUAUUUUCUUUGUUUUCUGUUCAUGAAUUAUUAGUGAGGUUGAGGAAAAACAUGGUCCAUAAUUUAUAAUUUCUCAAUAGCUCACAAAAGACAAAAAAAUGGCUACGGGUAUAUGAUUUUAUAAGCAGCUUAUUGUAAAAUUUCAAAAAUGAAACGAUUACAUAUUUCAAUAAAACAUAAAACCCGUAAUAAUAAUACAGUUCAGAUAACGCUGAAGAACAUUUUUAAUGGGUUUGCAACACUGUGAAUAAACCAACAUGGGCAACGAAGAGAAAAUGCGCUUUUACACAAUUAAGAAAUUGAAAAUUAGGACAUGGUUCACCUUGAACCACCUACCGUAAAACACCUGCCCCUUCCCCCUCAACCUUUUGUUCUUCACAGGUGAUUAUGCUGUAAACUGCCUUGGCGAUUCAGAUUCUGGUGUUUUUAUUGCAUCUAGCUGUAUUGUUGAUUGGAAAAGCUUCCCUUAAACUUGAUACUGAAUAUAUAUUCAGUCACGAUACCCGGUUAAAGGAGUUAUUGGGAUAAUAGGGAUAUGAAUUCCCCAAAAUAAUUUAAACAUCUGUAAAAAAAAAAAGGAGAAGAAGAAGAAGGAGAAAGAAGAAAGAAGAAAGAAGAAAGAAAUAAACAAAAACAACAAAAAAAACUUCGGUUUUCACAACUUGAUCCAGCUUGUUUAUUUGUGGCCAAGAAGCAAACACGUUUGUACUUUUUAGCGAAAUUUAAAGAAUGUUCAUUCAAUAUAUUUUGUGGCCGUUUGCGUUUGUUUGGGGAUAGUAACAUUAACCGUUCAAGUCAAAGACCCAAGAGUGACUUUCAAGGGUCAACUUUCUCCUGUUCAAGGCACAAGGGUAACUUUCAAGAGUCAACUCAGUUUUCCUAACAAUAUCAACACAUAACUACGAAGGAGAAGCUUGUGAGAAUUUUGAUUAAGUGGUCACCUAAGAAUAAAUGCUUUGAUCUUAUAUCAAUUCUCUCAGAUGGAAUCUGCAUCACUGACAGUGUUGUCCGCCAUCUUGAAAAACGUGUCACGUGAUACCGCUUACGUCAUGGAUAUGCGUGCAACACCAAGCUGGCAUUGGUACUUAGGCCGAUCCUGGAGUCCACGCACUCACACGGUAGUAUAAACCAGUUGAAUUUAUCUGACUUUUCUACAGAAAGCUAAUAAAUGUCGCGAAAAAAGUAAAAAUUAAUUUAAAAAAUACUUUUAAAAAAUCAAAAGUUGCCCAGAAUUUUAAAAGUUGGCAAAAAUCGCAAAAGUUGCUUAAAAUCUGAAAAGUUGCAGAAAAGUUGCCGAACAACUUGUGGCUAAGCCAAACAAGAGGCACAUGCAACAACUCACGGCCAGGCCAGUAACUCACGCAAGCGCACAGCCAAAUCACCCGGGGAGUGGCAGCCAUGGACAGCUGUUUUGCCCUUAUUUAGGCUCAUCAGCAUACCAUUGAUGUCCAUGGCUUCUACCGCCCGGGUGAUAUGGCUGUGGGCAUGCGUGAGGUACUGGCCAGGCCAUGGGUUGGUGUUUGUGUGCCCGUUUCUUUACGUUUGUCCAUUUCUUUACCCUCAUUUUGUACGAUGAUAAGGUUGAUAUCACGAUUGUAAUGAUCGCUAUUGAUGCAGUCACUCACUUUCACUUGUUUGUCUCAUUUUCCUAGGAAAUGUGGUUCUAUAAUGAAAUCUUUUCUGUGUUCAUAUUCUCUCUGGUGUUCCUGUCGGCGCAGAGCAAACACAAAUACAAACACAAGAAGAAGGACGCAGUCAGUAACGGAGGUAGUGUUAGAAAUUUUUGCUCCAUGCUAAAACAUCAACUGAGCAUUCUCGUCCACUGAGAGGCGGUGAUCGUUUUGGUUAAAGAUUCAAAUGGAUCGUGGCCUCUGAGGACGACAAAUUUAUAGACCUACAACCCACUAGCAGGAUAUGCACGUUAGAAUUCCUCACAACCCUAAAAGCAAUCCAGUUUCUUCCUAGCUAUAGUUAUCGUUCCUCAAGUCCGUCGUCUCUCUGAAGAAACGUUAUUUUUACUCAACUUGCAUGGGGCAACCAAGAGAAUCGUUUUCCUUCUGCGGUUGACUAUUUUUUCUUUUCACAAAAAAACAAGUAGCCUUGGCUAUACUAGCUAUUUUAUACAGUAUUUAUUUAUUUAAUUGUAUCGUCUUCUAGUAUCUUCUAAUACUUGCUGUUUGAGUUUUCUAUCCAUUUUGAAGUGUUACAUCCUUUGAUUUGACUCUCCUUUUUUUCCGACUCCCACGCUCCUCUUUGCCCAUCCACCGUCUCUUGUUAGCAUACAUUAAGUGCCUCGUCACUGCAGAUGUAAAGGCAAAUAACAGAUUGUUGAAGAGGGAUCCUGAAUCCGCAUUCCCGCUACUUUUUCACGAAAAUCCUGCAUCCCAACGUGUGUCAUCUCUCUCCGGAAAACCACUUUCUUUCCCUGCAGUUCCGCAUCUCGUGCCAAGAUAUUGGGGAAUCCCUCUUCCCAAGCAGCGGUCGAAUCCCAUAUCCCGUCAAUAAAUUUUUCCUUUUCCCAAAUCGCGCACUAUAUUUCGGGUUAAAUCCCGGAUCCGGGGAUACCCCUUCCAUAUCCUGAAAUAUGUCAAUUUUCUAAGUUUUUGGAACCUAUACUUCAUGAUUAGCAAUUCAGCACACAUUGUUAUUAAACACGACACCUUUUCCAUCGUUUUAUAGAACAUUCCGAAUGCCAGCAAGCACUGGGUAUGGAAAGUGGUGAUAUCUUAGACAGUCAGCUAAGUGCAUCUUCGGAGGGUCAAUGGACGUUAGAUGGUGAGCCAUUUUUAAUGUCUGCAAGUAACGGCAGACUAAAUAAUGAUGGUUUGGCGUCGUGCUGGGAAUCUGCCACAAACGAUGAACAUCAAUGGCUACAAGUACAACUCGGUGAAUAUUACGUCAAUGUUACACGCAUAGCAACACAAGGGUGCGGUAGAGAAGAAGAAUGGGUGACCUCAUACAAGCUUCAAUAUAGUAACGAUGGAGUGAAUUUCCAGUACUACAUGGAAAAAGGACAAAAUACAGAGAAGGUAAGCAUAACAUACUAUAAAUCACGACGAUAACUAGAUUUGGUUGGUUAUUAAACAACAAAUGGAUAAGGCUCAGAAUGAUAUGAAGGGAGAGGGUUGUUAUACGCCGACGUCAAUCCUGUAGAAUACAUUAUGGCUAUGGAUCAUUAACGACCGGACGGAAAGAGAGAGGGAAGAAGGACAGUCUGAUCGCAGGUUAAUGGAAAAUCCGUUCGUCAAACACAGAUCAAGAAUAAAAGGCCUAAGCCACAGUGGAGGUUAAAAGAACUUGGGAAAGCUGUAAUGACUUUUCCAAGUAAUUGUCACACAUGAAACUAUUUCUAAAAAAGUGAUCAUUCUUUGAUCGGCUUUUGCUUCAUCUCUUUUUUAUCCGGGCACCACUUCCCCUAACCAAUAACCAAUAACCCAUUAAAAGCCCGCUUUACACGACAAGCGUUUUGGGAACGGGCCCCGCCUAUUUCCCUUUCGUAAACAGUCGUUGCCAUUUUUAACUGUCGACGCCACCAUUGGUAACCAAGCCUUUAGUCCUGUUAGAUGUACUAUAUUCCCUGUAUUAAGUUAUAAUAACGCAAAUAGUACGUUUCCGAAUAGUAUUGGAAACAACCCGUUGAUGCGAAUUGCAAGAUGCAAAUUUCGCGCGUUUUACGACGCAUGCUCUGUUGCCAAUAUUCCCAGUCCAUUUGUAUGGAAAACCCGGUAAUUUCGGGGAGAAUUAAAAUGGAACGGUUCAUCCGGGUGUACAUUUUCCGGAGAAAAAAUAAUACCUUUCGAGGUAUUACCUAUUUCCCGUUUUUAACAAAACGACCGAAAUUUCUUGUACCAUUUUUUCUGCUUAACAAGGCUUCCUUUUGUUGCGGAAGGUGAUUUGUUUUAACCCAUGCACUCUUGCUCAUACAACCGCUGUACACUACACACUUUUGCAAAUGGUAGUCGUGCAGUGGACGUCAAAGGAAUGUACUAAAAAGCGUGAUGCAUGUGCAGACCUGUUGUUUUGCUCAUAAAACCAUUGUUUUUUGACGUUGUCGUCGUCGUCGUCGUCGUGGUAGUUAUUUGAACUUCGCUAGUAACAACGCCAGUGAGAGACUCAGAGAGCGAAUUAUUUCAACGCAGUUUAGUCAGUGUUUAACAAAACGGCGUUCUAAGCCAUUUUCAAUUGGUCCAAUAUUUUUAUCUAAACACCAUUUAUUGUGAAAAGUUUUAGCAUAUAGAGUAGACAAGAAAAGCAUUUAUCUUCUUAAAAUACCCCAUAAGGAAGAGACCUGGGGGUCCACAGAUUUGUUAAACCGCACGCGGCUUAAGUUGGAUCAUUUAACAGAAUUUUGCCGCACUAGCUUUAUCGCAUUUACUAACGACAUGCAUGGUUUCCAUUUUUUUUUAGUUAUAUAGCAUCGCUGAAAUUUCUUCAUCUUGGACAUUUUACAUUUUGUAGCUUAUCGUAACCACAUCAGCCAUUGUUAUAUAGCUGGAAAUUUCUUCCCAACGCGCGCUCUCAUUGGUUACUUCGAGGUCACAUGACAUCUAACAAUGAAACUAUUUCCCGACAAAAUCUCUGAGCGGGCAACGUUGUGUGACGUGAGGUGGUAACAAUGCACUGUUACCCACGAAUGUUGACGGACGACCGCCGUUACAGCGAGGUUUAAUGAAUUUUCAGCUUCAAAAUUUCCAGCUAUAUAACAAAUCACUGAGAUUCUCGGCAAACAAAAUUAACUGUUUCCCUCGGGAGCAGUCAUUAAGUGUUUAAUUCACUACUUUGACAUUAACCAUAAUACACCUUCUUUACUCCCCAAAACUUUGCAUAAGUAUUGUUCUCAAGUUCCCUUGGGACGAUUGUAAAUCCAAAGAGAAAUUGAAAACAAUGCAAGGUGUAUUAUGGGAAUGUGCAAGUAGCGAAAGUUCACUAAGCUUUGUCAAACUUUUACGUGUAGGUUUUCACCGGCAACGCAGAUAGUAAUCUAGUGGUUUCCCAUAACCUUAAUCCACCACUUAGGGCAAUGUAUCUCCGCUUUCGACCAGUGGCCUGGGAGCUUCGUAUAGCAAUGAGAGUUGAGCUAUAUGGCUGUAAAGGUAUUACAUAGAGUGUUUUAUUAUAUACCAACGAGUAGUAUAACGUAAAAUAUUCCACGAGUGACUUGACUUGUUUGGUACACCCUCGAGCCCUUAGGCGAGUGUUUAAACAAAGAAAAACCAAGUCACGAGUGGAAUAUUCACGCAAGCUAUACACAUGGCGACCAAGGGAAUCGUUUCACUCUGCAGUUCAUUUAUUUUUUCACCAAAAAUAAGUUUUUGAUAUUAAUAACAAUGCUUUUAAGACAAUUGCUGAUAAUUUAUUCAAACAAUCUACUUAUAUCACCCGUUUUAGAAUAAUUAAUUUCUUUAGUUAUUUAAGCCUGUGUGUUAGUAGCGCUCUCGCUUAUAAAUUUGUCUAUUCCAAGCUUGUAUUUUUUAAUAUAAGUAACCUCUGAGUUACUAGCUACUUUAAAUAGUGUAUAUUUUUUUAUUUUCUAUUUCUUUUAUUGUUUAUUCCACCCACACGCACCUCCUUGGCUAUUCACAUUCUGUUGUUAGUAAGCAUAAGCGAAUCGUGACUGUAUAUAUACAUACGCAAAAAAGGCAAGCACGUUUCCAGUUCUGAAAACUGUUUAGUUACUUAGCACACCUCUUCAUUGAACAUCGCCUUUAUAACAUCUUUGUUAACAUUUUAUAGAACAGCCAGAAUGCCAGCAAGCACUGGGGAUGGAAAGUGGUGAUAUCUUAGACAAUCAGCUAAGUGCAUCUUCGGAGGGUCAAUGGACGUCAAAUGGUGAGCCAUUUUUAAUGUCUGCAAGUUAUGGCAGACUAAACAAUGAUAGCUUGGCAUCGUGCUGGGAAUCUGCCACAAAUGAUAAUUAUCAAUGGCUUCAAGUUCAAUUCAGUGAAUAUCAUGUCAACGUUACACGCGUAGCAACACAAGGGUGCGGAUCCCAGGAAGAAUGGGUGACUUCAUAUAAGCUUCAAUAUAGCGACGAUGGAGUAUAUUUCCAGUACUACAUGGAGGCAGGUCAAAAUACAGAGAAGGUAAGCAUAACAAACACCCGGGGAGGGGGGUACUGCCAUAUAUGGACUAUAUAGGUAUGUGCCGCUCUGAAGGGUAUGGUUUUCAAGCAGUUUACUCUAGAAUAGGGUAUAUAAAUCAGAGCGUUUGGGUCUAGAAUAUUAAACAAUUAUUGGAUAAGGCUCAGUAUGAUAUAAAGAGUUUUUCAAGUCGAGGGGGUUAUUAUAUGCCGAAGUCAAUCCUGUAGAGCACGUUAUGGCUAUGGGUGAUUAAGGAACAUUAAGUGAUAAUUUUUUUGUGAGUUACUGAGGAAAAAAAACUUACUGCGCUUGAAUGUCGAAGGAAAAUUAACCUGCGAUCAGGAGUUCUUUUUUUCCGUCGGGAACGUUAAAGUCGGCGGAGGGGAGGAGAAAGGGACUUUUGAAGGACCCGUUGAUAGCUGGUUAAAGGAAAAUCCGUUCGUUGAACUCAGAUGGAGAAUAAAAAGCCUAAGCUACAGUAGGGGUCAAAGGAACUUGAGAAAGGUGGAAAAACCCAACUGUUACACACAAUUCUGCUCUUAAAAAAGUAACAAUUCUAUGAUCGGCUUUGGCUUCAUCCCUAGCAAUGUUGCGCUCCAAAAAGGGCUCAUAUCCGCUCAUCACUCGGAUUUAAACCCAUUUCGCUCAAGUUCUAAUUUUACGUUUUUCCUGGCCGAUUUUGGUAAAGUAUUGUGUUCAUCUGCGAACGAGCUCCAGCAAAACUCAAAUGCUUUUUCCAGAGAAGAAUAUAUUCCACAAAUAUUGACUGUUUUGUUAUACAUUCAUCGCGUUUACAUUUGACCUUUGUAGCCUUUUGUAUUUUGUCUGUCAUUCGUAAACAAUACCUAAAACAAUGUACCUACUCCGUCGUCCAAUCAGCGUUUAUGAUUCCGGAUUCCGGACAGAUUGUACGUAAUCAGUAUGGAAUUCCGUCUCCGAGCUCGUAGACGUUUCUCCUCUCGAAAACGUCCCUCAGCGGCGAUGAACGAGGAGAAACGUCUGUUUUCGCAGGCUAAUUAAUUAUCAUGUCGACAAAUUUGGAAUAUAGAGAAAGAGAAAGACAGAGAAAAAGAAUAACUAGGGCAACAGGCCAGCGAAACUCAACGAGAAAAAGAGCUAGAGCGAAAGAGAAAAGGCAAAGAGGCAUUUUUUGUUGGAGAAACAUGAAAAUUUUGAAGUGGUAGUGAGAAAAUGAGAAAUGCUAGCGGCCACCAGGGUGAAAAUGAGCAACAGUGAAAGAACACGGACGACAUUCUCACGAUAAAACGCGUAACUAAGAAGUUUCUGGAAGUUUCAAGUUGUAGUAGUGCAAAACAAGGGCAAUCAAAGAAAUGUACAAAAAAGUGUGCUGCACGUGCAAAGUUGCUUUUUUGCUUAUUAGACCCACUGUUGUUUUUACUUAGCAAUUAAUGAAUGAGGCUGAGCAGGAUAUGAAGAAUUAAGCAGAUCGAGGAGGGUGUUAUCCACAGAGGCCGAAGGCCGAAGUGGAUAAAACCAUCCGAGAUCUGCUUAAUUCUUCAUAUCCUACGAAAGCCGAAUUCAUUCAUUGCUUUAUUAUUCAUUCAAAAGAAUUCCUAGUUUAAAACAUAGCUAAAACAUGCUUACCUGCAUCGAUGUUAAGUUUAUCUUCGAUAGCGUACGUUUUGGUUUUUCCAGCUCCGCAAAUAUUCUCCAAAUAGCAGAUGUCGCCCUCCGAGUUGUCUUCUUGCUGUUUUUGCUAUGUUUUUUGCUAUUAUUACGCCUAGCUCCAGCUGUAGUUUUUACUCUUGAAACGAGUGAAGUGUCCGCCAUUUUAGUUUUCACAACGAAAACAACUCAACCUCCUCCCCAGGUCUUCUCGGUUAACGGUGCAUUAACCUGUAGAAGGCUGCUUUUUUUACGUCAUUUCCUCGUUAAACACAAACUUCUUCCAAAUUUGGUCAUCAAGUAAGUGGUUAUGGUGAAUUCUGCGUGUGCUUUUAGCCAAUCAGAAUUGGAGAAAUAUUUUGAAUGAAUAAUAAACCGUUCUUAACGCCUUCGCCUCUUAGCAUUACACGAUUUUUUUUUAUUUUGUUUGAGCAAAAAUAUAAUCGAGAGCUUCGCUUUUAGCCCUGGCUAAAUCUAUAUAUUAUGUGAGAUUCAUCGCUAAAAUGCCCUAACUUCUUGGAUAUAUUUUGUAGCAUAUCGUAAACACAUCAGCCAAUGUUCACUAAGCUUUGUCAAACUUUUGCUCACAAAUGUGCUGCACAGCUUCUUAUGUUUUGUCCUUUACCUGUAGGUUUUCACAGGAAACACAGACAAGAAUCGUGUGGUUACCCAUGACCUUCAUCCACCGUUUAUGGCAAAGUAUAUCCGCUUUCGAACAGUGGCCCGGGAGUUUCGUAUAGCUAUGAGAGUUGAGCUAUAUGGCUGUAAAGGUAUUACAUAGAGUGCAUAUUUAAAAAUUAGAUUUCGAUUUCGAUUUCAACUUUUUUAUGUGCCAACUGACUAUUUGGCUCUUUGAAAACCAGAACAAAUAGUCUAACUGUUUAUUCGUAGACUCCACUACCUUCAAUUCUACACAAAAGUCUCCUUUUUUAACGAAUUGCUUGUGAUAUGACAUGCAGAUCACCAUACAUUGCUUGCAAAGGGUUAAACGCUUUCUAAAAACAUUACUCAUCAAUCCAGCAAGAUAUUCCCAACAAUAAUCCUACAGGUUCGUUUUAAGUCUUGUGUUCAAUUUUCAGCUUGUAUAGAAUCACUCGGCAUGGAAAGUGGAACAAUCACAGAUGGACAAAUAACUGCAUCUUCAGAACUGAGCAGCGAUCAUAUAGCUAGCUUGCCCGACUGA